AUGGGAAAAGAAAGUAAUCUUGAUGUGGAAAAAUCUACUAACGGUAACACAAAAGAAGACGAAAGUAAGAAGAAAAAGAAAAGUAAGAAACACAAAAAACGUAAAAGACCAGUGGAUGAAGACACUGAAAAAGGCUAUAAAAAAAGAAAGAAAUCCAAAAAGGAAAAGCAAAAAAGUCCAAAGCCAGAGAGUGAAACGUCACUUUCUGAUGUAGAGGAGUUAAUUAAAAAAUCUAAAAGAUGUAAGCCUGCAAACAAAGAAUCUUCUUUGGAAAUUGCCUCGGCUGAUAGUGCGAAGAAUACUAAAACGAAAAAUGGCAAUACUAAUGCUGACCAGUCUCGUAGUAGUAGUAGAAAUACAAAGAAAGUUGACGACACUUUAGAAAUUUUAUCUUCUAAUUCUGAAGCUGAAAAUUAUCAAGACGAUUGUGCUAGUCCAGAACUUACAAUAAUUGAAGAUGAUCUUAAUCUUGAAGAAUUGAUGAAACAAAAAGAAAUGUUGCAAGCACGUUUAACUGCCUAUAAUUCAGACAAAAGCGACGAAGAUAUUCGUCAUAAGAAAAACACAAAUGAUGAUGUGAUCUGUAUCGAUGAAGAAUCGAAAGAACCCGUUUCCAAAAAGAAAAAAGAUUCCUCUUCUGAUCACAAAAAAACUAAAAGUAAAAGCACUAAGCAGAGACCUUCGGAGCUUGAAAAAAUUAAGUUAAAACGUCAAGAAGAAGAUUUAAGAGAAAUAAUCAAUAGAGAAAGUCGAAAAGAGAUGGAAAAGAGAUUAGAAGAAAGAGAAUAUCGCGAAAAGAAGGAACGUGAUCGACGUAAAGCCGAAUCAGAUAGAGAACGUGAACGUGAGCGGGAGAGAGAAAGAGAAAAAGAAAAAGAGCGCGAAAAAGAAAGGGAACGAGAGAGAGAUCGUGAACGUGAUAGAGAAAGGGAACGGGAGAGAGAAAAAGAAAGAGAUCGAGAAAAGGAUAGAUUAGAUCGCGAGCGUGAAAGAGAAAGGGAAAGGAAGAGAGAGAGAGAAAGAGAGAGAGAACGUCGCUCUUCUGAAUUUAGGAGAAGGGAACGAGAUUCCAUUCGUAGCCGGAGGUCAAGAGACCGUUCCCCAAUUUCAAGAUAUGACAGAAGGCACUCAGACCGUGAUAGAAAGUCACGUGACCGUAGUAGGGAAAGAUAUAGAGGUCGGUCCCGAGACAAAAAUUAUAAAACUGAUCAUAGGGAGAAACGCAGAAAUUCUACAAAUGAAGUAACUCAAAUAGUACCCAGUUCUAGCGAUGAAGAGCUUAACAUAUCAAUCAACACCGACGAUGAAGAAGAAACUGAAGAACAAAUCAUUGAAAGGAGAAGGAAGCAAAGAGAACAGUUACUCAAGAGACUAGAAAGCAAAAACAAGGUAAACUCAACAUCAGAUCAAAAUAUAGAUACCAAAACAUCUUUAACUGACACAAAUCAAAAAACAUCGGUGGCUAUACCAGAAAAGAUUACCAAAGAAACACUCACUGGAAAUGUGAAUGUUCUCAAUAAAAUGGAAGGGGAGGUAAAAAAUGAAAAAAGUAACACAAGUACUUUGAUAAGGAACAUCGAAAAUGAGUCCAAGACAAGUAUUAAAUUGGAGAAAUCCCGGAAAGGAAGCGAGUGGGAUAUGUUUGCAGAUCAAGAUAAUUUUGACAGUGUUGAUACACCCACAGCAGGAAAACCGAGGAGUAAAAAUACUAUGGAAAAUCCAUCACUUACUGAUAACUGGGAUGACGCCGAAGGUUAUUAUAGAGUACGAAUUGGAGAAACACUGGAUAACAGAUAUACAGUUUAUGGGUACACAGGACAGGGAGUCUUUUCUAAUGUUGUAAGAGCAAGAGACCAAGCUCGCGGUAAUACUGAUGUUGCAGUCAAAAUAAUCAGGAAUAAUGAGAUCAUGCACAAAACUGGUUUGCGGGAAUUGGAAAUUUUGAAACGACUCAAUGACUCAGAUCCAGAGGACAAAUUUCAUUGCUUACGUUUAUUUCGUCACUUUUUCCAUAAACGUCAUUUGUGCAUGGUAAUGGAACCUCUUUCAAUGAAUCUGAGAGAAGUGCUCAAGAAGUAUGGAAAAAAUAGUGGUAUUCAUAUCAAAGCUGUUAGGAGCUAUACCCAACAAAUGUUGUUGGCAUUAAAACUAUUGAAAAAGACUGGUAUAUUACAUGCUGAUAUCAAGCCUGACAAUAUUUUGGUGAAUGAGAGUAAGCUAAUAUUAAAGUUGUGCGAUUUCGGUGCUGCUUCACAUGUAUCGGACAAUGAAAUCACGCCAUAUCUAGUUUCGAGAUUCUAUCGUUCUCCAGAAAUCAUUCUUGGAGUCCCUUAUGACCAUGGUAUUGAUAUGUGGUCAACCGCUUGUACCAUAUAUGAGUUGUCUACGGGGAAAAUUAUGUUCAGUGGCAAAUCAAAUAAUGAAAUGUUAAAAUAUUUUAUGGAUUUGAAAGGAAAGAUACCAAAUAAGAUUAUUAAGAAGGGGCAUUUUAAAGAGCAACAUUUUGAUAGCAAUUGUAACUUUUUGUAUCAUGAAUUGGACAAGAUUACAGAAAGAGAAAAAGUUGUUAUAAUGUCAAGCAUAAAACCUACAAGAGAUUUACAAACUGAGUUGGCUCCUCCUCACCACCGACUGCCAGCUCCAGAGGCAAAGAAAAUAACUCAACUUAAAGACCUACUUGAAAGGAUGUUAAUGCUGGACCCAUCAAAACGGGCUUCUGUCAAUCAUUGUCUUGCUCAUCCUUUUAUUCAAGAAAAAAUAUAA